AAUCGAUCAGACAGCGGUCAGCUUUGGAGGCGGUCAGCAGUGAUAGGACUCACAAAUAGGACUUGGAUAUUGGAUUUUGGUUUUCGGAUUGGACAGGAUCAGGAUGCUUCGAGGACUGCUAGUACUUCUGCUGGUGGCCUGGAGCCAAGUGGAUGCGGCCACCCACGUAAACAUCUCGAUUGCCCAGCAACCGGCCACCAAUCCAGCGGAUGUUAAGUACGUAGAGGGUAAUGCUCCAGCGGAAUUGAGGGCAGGUCCUCAGAGGGACGAUCAGCAGUUUCAGCGCAUCCAGGAGCGGCAGCAGCAGGUGCAAUCUCAGCCGCAAUCCCAGCAGCAACUCCUAUCCCAACAGCAGCAACAGGUGGUUCAGACCCAGCAGCAACAAUCACCACAGCAACUGUCUCCUCGCCAGGGAUUGGGAUUACAGCCACCUGCUCAGGGUCAGCCUUCCAUGUCCAAGACCGGACGACUGCCCCGUCGACGAAACCACAGCAGACGCCCCUCGCUCCACCAGCAGCCACCGAGUCCUCAUAGUGGCCAAUUCCGACAGCGAAACCAGCAGCUACGCCAAAACCAGGAGUUCGAGCGAUACAUCCAGUCCUACCACAGCCAAGGACCCACUGUUGAGACGGUCUACGAGUCAUCGAAUCCUGCCCCUCAGCGCUACACUCAAAGCAACUCCGGAGUAAGUUCAUCCGCUGAUGAUGCUGCCCCUCAGAAAUUGGUUACGAUUGGAGGUCAUCGAUCACAGCAGCUGCGCAUGUUCGAGCGCCAGGUGGCUGCUCCGGUUCCCAGCCAGGGACAGAGUGCUAAUGUGGAGGCGGCACAGGAUAGCAAACCCAUCUACGAGCCACCUCAGGCGCCCAUCCAAACGGCCAGCAUUGCACCAGCUGUGAGCUCCUCUAGUUCGUCAUCCUCCGGAGGUGUCAGCUCCUCCUCUUCAUCGAGUGCUCCUGCUCCGGCAGCUCCCUCGCUACCGUCGGAUCCAUCUUCUGGCUAUGAUUCCUCAUCCGGCUUUAACCCAGCCACCAGUUACAAUCGCCCUAGCUACGAUCCUAGUGGCUUUAACUACGAAGAUGCCCAGGAGGUGGACUACCAGGAUCAAUAUCCACCAGAAGUAGAUGAUGGCCAGGGCUACGAAGACUAUGCUGACCAGUCGGGCUACCAAGGAGGCUCGGGUUACCUGCCACCAGCUCCUCCGAGAGCAUAUACUCCUCCACAACGUCCCUUGGUCACGAAGACAAUUCAAAUAGUGCAACCCGCUCUGAAAGCCAAGAAGUACGAGGUGCGUCAUCCGGCCAUUCAAAAGGAGUUCUACGACAUUGAGGAGAGGGUGGUCAUCAAACCGGCUGGAACUUUGGUAGUGGAACUGGAGCACCCGGUGGCCAAGAUUCCCAAGGGAGAGACUCUUCUGCCUCUGGGACACCCUCAUCCCGCGGUGGCUUCCGCAUACAGUAACAACAACAAUGGUCAGAUCCAGACGCAGACAUAUAACAACAAUGUUCCGGAGUACAGGCCAUCCUACGAUACAGCUCCAGCUGUUAAGGAUCAGCAGACCACCACGAUAGGCUCCAGUGUGACCACAAUGCCUUCCUACGAUCAGGCACCCAAGGAUGAGUUUGUUGAAUCCCGAUUGCAACAGCAGCAGCCUUUGGGAGACGUCACAGAUGGUGGAAAGAGCUCUCCUAACUUUAUAUCUGCAGUAGACGCCAAUGGUAACGCCGUCAAGGUAAACUCAAAGCACCUUUCACCCAAAAUGAUCCAAAGGGCGGAACCAGAGCAGGAUUAUUCUCGAUCCGGUCAAAGGGUUUACCAGCAGAGGAACAACUUCAAUCGCCAGCCGUAUAACGAGGACGAUGACUAUUUUUCCGGGGAAUAUCUGCCAAAUGUGAGCGCCGGAAGUGUUGAGGCAAAGCCAGCUCGAUUGGAAUUGGCUGAAGAGGAGGAGCGACCCACCCAGAUCAUUAAGCAUGAGCACAAGAUCCACCUGCCGCCAUCACAGCACAACAUUUACCUGGGACGUAGUCGUCAGACUCCACUUAAGGAGAGGAGAAUCCAAGAGGUACCCGCCCAGGUGUCGGAGAUCAAACCCUAUCUUAGGAGCCACGUUGGACCCACGGUGGUGUACGCGAAAUCUCAAGCUCCUAGAGCCUACUACAACCAGCCAUCCAGACAGAGGGUUGCCGAGGAGCUAGACUACAGUGCGCCCUAUUCCCAGAUGAGAUUUAGCCCGGAUAAUCAAUUAUCCAGGCUGGUUCAGUCACCUCAAGUGAGGUACAACGCGGAGAGUAAGUCUUCCAGGUUGGUGGAAGCUCCCAACAGCGAGGAGAAGCCGAAGAAAGAGCAGCACAACACCCAUAUCCAAAUUCAAAUCGCCAAUGACCAGGAUAAAUCGGCAGUGGUGGCGACCACAGUUGCUCCGGACUGCGAUAAGGGGCAACAAAGGUCCGAGUUGAGGGAGCAGAAGUCUCAGCGCUUGAUGGAAGUACCUAAUUCAGAGGUUUCAGCUACCCAGGCCACUCCAUCACAAUCGAAAGCGCAGCCUGAUGUGGAUGUAUCUCUUAAUGGAGCCGCUGGCCAUUUGAAACCCAAUGAGCGUGUCAUUGCAGCCACCGCGGCGCCGACGGAUGCUUCAGCCACCAGCGAGACCUUCCACAAACGCCGUAUUGUGGUCAACCAUCCAUUCCAAACUGUUCGCGAGGUGGUCGAGCACGAACCGUUCACCAACUACCACCAGAUACAGGUGAAUGAGCCGGCUCCGCCUUCGCACUAUCACCAGGCCUACUACCAACCGGCGCCCCAGACCCACGGGAGUUUGGUCCACUACCAGACUUCGUCCACACAUGGCAAUCUAUACGCUCCGUACGGAUAAAUUAGGAUUAGGGAAAUCUUCGAAGUCGAACCACGAACGAAACCGGCCAAUGCAUUUCCUUUGUUAAUUGUUAUCUAAUUGUUACGAUAGAUCCUAGGCUAGAACCCAAAACCGGUGGAAGGGCCCUUUCCAUGAUGACCCUGAUCUUCUUUUGCAUUAAUUCGAUUUAAACUCCUAGGCUUAGGUGCAGUUUUACUUGCCAUCAAUAAAGUGCAUACAAAAUGCUAACCUAA